AAAUCCAAAACAAGAGGACGAAGAAGAAGACCCUGCAUGUGGUUGGCUACAGUUUUUGUAGGCUAUUUUAGGUGGAGAUGCUAGUCUGCUACUGAAGUUUGCUUUAAAAGUUAGUUUAAACGCCGCCUUUUACUUGAAAACGCUUAAAAGUCUUGAAGAGGAAAGACGUUUUCGUUUGGAAACGAGUGAAGCUGAAAUGGACGAUGUAGCAUCUGCUACAGGAUGGACCACUGCAAACAUGCUGAAGCUCAUUGCUGCUAUAAGAAGCAGCAUCCCAGCCAGUCAGAAGACGGUGUUUUAUCGCACUGGGUUGUCAGUUGUAGACUGGGAUCAAGUAGCAUUCCCUCCCUUUUCUCCCGAGGAAUGCCGACAGAAGUGGAAAAGUAUGAUGGAAAAGAUACGCAAACUUCGGAGUCUCCCGGAGCUCAUUGUCGAAGCUGAAGAGGCCAUUUCCGAUCCUCCCCGUCACAGAAAGGCCAUAUAUCAGAAGGAGCACGCCCUUAGACUCAAGGAAUGCAAGAGAAAGAUGCAGGACUCUUGUGACAAAAACGAUCUACCUCGGAUUCAGACAAGGGGACAGAAAAAGAAAGUCCCUGCAAUUGAAGAUGAAGACCUGCCUGUGAAACCACCUCCAAAUGGUCUCGUUCUGUUCAUGAAGGAGCUUUCUAAUGGAGACAGGCUUCCAAUGAGUUUGUUUAAGGAUAUGAGCCAACGCUGGAGAAAUCUGAGUAAAGCAGAGAAGCAGAAUUACAGUACACGCUGUAAAGAGAUGAAGAGAGAGUAUAAUGCCAAGCUUCUGGAAUACCUGCAUAGGUUUGAUGAGAUGGAAAAGCCGCAGAUCAUCAAAGAAAAAGGCAUCAGAUUACCGAAAAAGCCUUUGAAGAGGACAUUCUGCGAUGAGCCUAAGAUGCCGAGCCAAAUUGGAUAUGUAUAUUUUGCCAAAGAUCAGAUGAAGAUUUUGAAGGAGAGCAUUUCCAGCCGCAAAAAACGUAUAGCCAAAGUUAAGGAACUUUGGUACAAGCUCCCUACAAAGGAGAAUGAACGUUACAAAAAACAGAUCCAUGCAAACAUGAAACAAUACUCAGAAAACCUGCAAAAGUGGUUCAAGACGCUGACCUCAGAAGAGCAAACAGAAUAUUUAAAACACAACCCCAGGAAAUUGCAGUUCCUUGAUGCCAGAGAAAGAAUGGUGGUAGUAGAAGAUCAAUUUUUGUGUCAGCCUUCAGACUCAGAGGACGAAGACACGGUCAUCAACAAUGACAAAGAAAUCAUUUGGAGCAGUUAUGAGGAUGAGAAUGAAGAAGUUGAAGAGGGCGGCAACAUGUUUGAGAUGUAUUCCUGACGGACAGAAUCAGCAACAAAUAGUUGCAUACUCCGAUAAAAGGCAAAUGUGGAUUUACAGACACAUCAUCAACUGAAUGUAGGAUGAAGAAAUGCAACUAGAAGUUGACUGUAAAGUCACAUCAAUUUCUUGGCUUCAGUAAAGUUGUCAUGUUCACUUGUGUUGAGUUCAGGUCUGGACCAUCUGCCCUUGUACAAGCAUAAUUAUCUUGACUAUUUUGAGUUCCUGGGUCUAACUACGUUUCAAUUUCAUAAUUUAAAUUAUUUAGGUGUUUAUCCUUUUGUUUAAAGUGAUUGGAACAAAAAUGGUUCAAAAAUGAAUGUGUAAUACAAAACAACACUUAACUGUGUAAUGAAAAUAUUCAUAUAGAAUUGGGAAUUUAAUUGAGAUGACAGAUUAGAAAUGUACUUAUUGUUUCUUCACUUUGUUUGCAUAUGAUGUUUUUAUACUAAAACGUGUUACAUGAUUCAAUAAAAUAUAUUGUGAAAGAUA